UUUCGGUUUUAGCCACGAACGGCCCUAAAAGGUUAGUCAAAACAAAAUGGCGGACGAAAUGGAUUCGCUUUUGAUGUCACUUAUUGAGAAAGAAAUUCCUGACGGUCGUAAUGCAUUGGCUGAUAGUCAUAAAAACCUAGCCGUUUUGUCAGAUUAUUGCAAAGAAAACUAUUACAAUAGUCCAGACAAGGAAAAGGCGCUAAAUGAAACAAAAGCAUAUGCAUCGCAAUCCUUGGCCAGUGUGGCUUACCAGAUCCAUUCAUUGGCUGUUAACAUUCUUCAAAUGAUGGAUCAACAGACAAUUCAGCUGCAAAAAAUGCAGUCUAAUGCAAAUAACAUUGGUUUGGUUGUUGAAAUUCACAAAGAGAAAGUUGCAAGACGUGAAAUAGGUGUACUUACUAGCAGCAAGAAUUUCUCUAGAUCUCACAAGAUCGUUGCCCCACCUCAACAAGAAAAAACACAGCGAUACAAAAGAGAAGAUAUCGAUUACACGUGUCUAGAUCAUAUAGGUCAUGGUGUAAAAACUAAUCGUCGAAAUGAUUCUCAACGCCGUGUUUCAACUUCGUCUUCAUCUGGGUCUGUGAAAGGAACAAGUGUCUCAAGUGUUCAUUCCAGCUCACAGGGUUCAUUGCAGAACUCCAUUUAUCAAUCAGUCAACACUCCACCAUCUGACAGAAAGCGACAAUUUGGAUCGUCAUCUUCAAUGCCACCUGCGCCACGGCCACCUAUUGCUCCUGUUGCUCCAUUUAAACCAAAAGCACCGCUCGCCCCUGCUCCCGCCCCACCGCAACAUGUUCCAGCUGCCCCUCCACCACCAUCCAACAUACCUCCACCACCUAUGUUUGUGCCAGAAAGAGACUAUGACAACGGUAAGUCAGUAAGUAUUACCCCUCCUCCUGCUACCUCCUCCCCGAUUCCCACCGAUUCUACGUUACAUUCCGUCAACAAACGACCGUCGUUAACUCAACAUCUUCUGGAGCAACAUCGCUUCUCAAGUUUUAUGGAAGAACUUAGUGUUUCACUCGACAACUCAUCUGCUGUGGGAGAUAAACUAUCACCUGGUCGAAGAAGAUCAAGUGCCGUCGAUCUUCUAUCACCUGGUCGAAGAAGAUCAAGCGCUAUUGAUCAAAUAUUACCUGAUCGGAGAAGAUCAAGUGCCGUGGAUCUUCUAUCACCUGGUCGAAGAAGAUCAAGUGCCAUCAGUCCAUCACUUAGGCGUUCACUCCAGAACAUACCAACCCCACCACCUCUCUCCCCCAAACCCAAACAUGUACCCAGUGCUCAACCAAAUUCUAUCCCUCCAUCGUCUCAAGUGGCUCCACCUCCACCUCCUCCUUUACCACCACCAACACCACAAGCUUCUAAUACAACAACUGUAUUAGCACCACCUCCCGCAUCCCUAAAUACAGCGUCGGCUAUUUCUAAUGUGCCACCUGCCCCGCCACCCCCUCCUUUCAAUUUAAAAGAAAAAGCUGAAGUAGCACCACUUGUGUUGUCUAAAAAUGAUUUUCCUCCUCCUUUGUCCCCAGACGAGGUUCCUCUCCCUGUACCUUUGGAUGAGAUUCCUCCCCCAGUACCCUUAGAUGAGCUACCACCUCCUUUAUCCUUGGACGAGUCUCCACCCCCAAUUUCCCCAGGGGGAUAUCCAUCCCCUGUUCCUUUGGACGAGCUUCCACCUCCCGUGCCCUUGGAUGAGCUUCCACCUCCCGUGUCCUUAGACGAGAUUCCACCCCCUGUACCUUUGGAUGAGCUUCCACCUCCUUUACCCUUGAAUGAGCUCCCACCUCCUAUGGCCCCAGAUGACUUCCCAGCUCCUUUGUUCUCAUUAAGUUUCCCACCGCCUUUGCAAAUUAUGGACCUAGGUAAUAGUGAUGACGAUGCACUGCUUCCUCCUCCCCCUCCUGACAUGGACGAUCUGUAUCAGAUACCAACCAGUAACAUGCUAGCUGAAGAUCUACCACCUCCGCCACCGGAUAAUUUUUAUGACCCAUCCUCGCCCACCACACCCAUGCCUCCACCACCGCCGCCACCAGCAGAACUUUUAGCUGCCGACGGUGCACCUGAAAAUUAUGAAGAAAAGGUGAUCGCGAUUUACAGUUACCAAAAGUUGCGAGACGACGAGUUGGAGUUAACGGAAGGCGAUCUUAUUUACGUCAUCAAGAAAAAUGACGACGGAUGGUUUGAAGGGAUUAAAAAUGGCGUACAAGGUUUAUUCCCGGGGAAUUACGUUACCGCUUAUAUGUAAAUAUGCGUAGUUCGCACUUCAGUUUGUAUCUGUCAUGUGUCGUUUUCUGUCUCGUCUGCCGUAGUUUUAGUAUAUUUAGAAAGAAUGAUACUGACCUAUGACUACCUCAAGCAUGGAUAUAUAUUUACGGGUCGAUUUUUUUUUUAUAAUUUUGCGUGGUUUUUUUUUCUCGUCACUUUAGGAGCAAGCUUAAAGAAAAUACAACCAAUAGGUUGUAUUUUCCAUCUCAAGUAAAAUGCUUUGUCCUCCUAUAAAAAGAUCAGAUCAGAUUUUAAUCAGAUCCUACAGAGCUGUAGAUCGAAAUAACAGAUUAAGACAGAGUUUUUAACAAUACAACAGGAAGAAACAUGAAUUUAUAACAUAGUUAUUUUGGGUAACUUGAUAGGAUAUUUUGUCUCCUACAACUGUAUUUUUUUUAUUUUUGUCUGGAAGAUAACGCGGUCAAAAAAAAUUAAAGAAUUCUCCGCUUUUAAACACUAAAUCCGUUUGUUUAUAGUUUGCAAUGAUUUAUAUUCAUAUUCCGUUAAUUUUUUGUACUUUUUUGAUUUAUAGACCACAUAUUUUAUAAUAUCUUUCUUGAUGUUAUUUUUUUGACAUCGAUUGAUCUCAAAAAAUGUAUCUUAACUUUAUAUUAGCCUAUUUUUUUCUGCAAACGAUUGUUAAUUUUUUAGCCCAAUCCUGCUUAAAAAAUUCAGAAGUAUUUUUUUGUCAGUCUACAGGAUCUGCUCAGCAUUUUUUGUGCUUAUAACAGCUACCUAUUUAUUUGUACCUCAGCUAAGAUUUAAAUAAAAAUUCAGCUAAAUGCUAGAUUUCAAAUGUAAUAUUUAAUUUUUUGUGUACGUGAAAUAUAGACUUGAUGUCAA